AUGUCUUCUACUUCUGCUCAAAGUGUUGCUCCUCAGAACCCCGACUUCAGGCUCAAGGAGGGCCACGAGUCACUCUCGCCAAAAGACAUGCUGGAGCUAGCUCGUGUUGGGACUGGUACUGCGAAUGACAAGGGUGACCUUGUUCUUGUUCCCGUCUCUAAACACUCCUUUGAAGAAGAAAAGACCGACCGUCGGAUCUACAUAAAGUCUCUGAAUACGACAUCGGCAGCAUCCCCUCAAUCUCUGGAGGGCGGCACGGCUUUUUGGCUCGAUAGCAGGACUGUCGGGCAUGUCAAAGUCGAGGAAAAUGACGGACGCAGCCGAUCUUGUCUCUAUGCUGUAGCGAUCGAAGUAAAAGCAGACUCUGAGCUCUCACUUCAGCGUCCUGUUUUCGUUGGCUCAUUUCCUACCGACUCCACUGCCAAUUUUCGGUACUCGAAAAAGGCUAAGAUAUUGAUCUUCUCGGACUAUGUCCAUGCCGAUGGAGAUCUCACAAAAGUGCACGAGAACGAUGAGGCAUGGGAUAAGAGGGGUAAUUCGGCACUUGUAUACGACGACGGGUUUGAGAGGCAGUGGGAUAAUUGGACUGGGCCCAAACGGUCAUCUCUUUUUGCUGUCAAGUUCGACGCUGACGCCGUCGGCCGUGAAUGGCGCCUCGACGGAGAGUUCAGGAAUUUAUUAGCUGGUACCGGCAAUCAUUGCCCAGUCGAGCCCUUCGGUGGAAUUGAGGACUUCGAUGUGUCUGACCAUCAGGUCGUCUACACGACCAAGGAUUCCGAGGUACCAGAGCCCUCACAUACUAGGCAGAACAUCUAUACGGUCAAUGUCCUCACAGGCGUAACACUGAAGCUUACCUCCGGCGUCCAGGGCACAACGUUCUGCCCUGUGUUUAGCCACACGGGAGGCAAAGUUGCGUGGUUGGAGAUGGAUAAAGACGGAUACUACGCGGAUAGUGCGAACAUCGUGAUAUACGACUUUGCCAAUGACGUGCGUUUUACCCUCACCAGACCUUGGGAUCGUUCGCCCAGUGCCGUCGUGUUCUCCGAAGACGAUACCGUGUUAUACCUCCUCGUGCCCGAUGAAGCCCGCACUAAAAUCUUCGCUCUUCCUCUUCCCCCGACGCCGGCCAUGUCUACUACCCACCCAAAUUUCCCUGAGCGAUACAACGUUCCAGUGGCACUCACCCACAAUGGCACAGCCAGCGGUCUUCAAGUCCUUCUCGGAGGCCGUCUAUUGUUUACUUUGAUGUCGCUCACGUCCCCGAACGAUGUGCACAUGCUGAGCGGCCUUGGAGCCUUCGAGACUGAACUAACGAACUCUUUCGAUGACGAUACUGUGGCUGAGGCAUUGUCAAUAGUGACGGUCGCGAAAGUCACUCGUUUCAACGAACAAUCCUUGUCGUCCAAGGCAAUAAUUUCUCCCGAGUACUUUACCUUCGAGGGAGCAGAGGGUAAAACGGUUCAGGGGUGGCUGCUCAAACCUUCCGGCUGGGUGGAAGGGGAGAAUAAGAAGUGGCCCGCGAUCAUGAUGAUCCACGGUGGACCUCAAGACGUUUUCGGCGAUGUAUGGUCAACGAGAUGGUGUCCCGUGGUGCUUGCGCAUCAGGGAUACUUUGUCGUCAUCAUCAACUUCACUGGUUCUACAUCUUUCGGUCAAGACUUUACCGACGCAAUAAACAAAGACUGGGGCGGGAAGCCCUUUGUCGACCUCAAAAAAGGAUGGGACCACAUCCUAGGAAGAUACUCUGAGAUAGACACAGACAGGACCGUCGCGAUGGGCGGCAGCUGGGGAGGUUACGCUAUCAAUUGGAUACAAGGUCACCCGGAAUACGGCUUCAACUUCAAAGCGGUCGCAUGCCACGACGGCGUGUUCGAUACUCAUUACGAUGCAUACACCACCGAUGAAGACUUCUUCUAUAAGCAUGAAUAUGGCGGCCAUCCUUGGGAGGAAGGGGCUAACGAGAUCGCGGAAAAAUUCAACCCGAGGAACUUCGUCCAGAAGUGGCACAUUCCGCAAUUGAAUAUACACGGUGUGCACGAUUUCCGUCUGCCUCUCACCGACGGUAUAGGGGCGUUUCACGCACUCAAGCAGCGUGGCAUACCUGCCCGUUUGGUCGUCUUUCCUGACGAAAACCAUUCGGUUUUGAAGCCUGGGAAUAGUCUGAGAUGGCAUUUCGAAAUUUUCAGAUGGUUUGAUGCAUUCCUUGAAAGGGAAGGUUGA